AUGCUUGCGGAGGAGACUGGUGAUUUUUCUCUGAAGAUUACUGCCAUCUCUUUAAAGAUUAUAGGGGUUUGGACAGCGAGAAACAAGGCCGAGAAGAGAAGAAGGACAUUCGGUUUCGUCUCGACGAUGAUCUUCAUACUUAACAGUGUCCAAGCUGAAGUUACUGAUUUCGUUUAUCAAUGGAGAAGAAAUGACUUGGAAUCUUCUACACAGUUCCGUAUAUUACAGUACAAACUCGCAAACAUAGUUAAACAGAUCAACAAGGAGAAAUAUAGUGGAUCAUUGGAAACAGUUCCAGGCUAUGUCGCGGACAAUUCUUAUGCGACUUUUAAAAAGUGUGUUGAACAUCAUCAGCGGCUACUCGAUUAUUGCGAUAAAGUGCAAACCAUAUUCUCGUUAGUUGGGCUUGCGCAAGUUAUGAGUUUCAGCAUGUUGCUUUGCAUUGGUGGAUACUUGCUUAUGGUGGAUGGUGCUGAAUUUUUCAAUCGCGUGCUUUAUUUAAUGCACACAAUCGGCUGCACCUCGCAGCUGUUUACGUUCAGCUACAGCUGCGAUUGUGUGAUGAGAGAGAGCGAAGCAGUAUGCCAAGCCGCAUAUGAUAUACAGUGGACUAUUUUACCAUACAAUGAGAGUGGGAAAAUAUUGCGAAGAGAUUUGCAAAUGGUCGUAGUGAGAGCAAGAGAGCCUUGCUACGUGACCGCCGGUGGAUUUUUUCCGGUGUGCUUGGAAACAUUUUCUAAGGUUAUUAGCACAGCCGUGUCGUACUUCACACUCCUGCGACAGACAAGCAUAAUUAAUUCAAACAAAAUUACGUUUGUGAAAGUUGCAAUACAGAUACUCCUUCACAACUAG